AGAAAUUUUCUUUCGAAAAAAACGGUGUAUACUGUGAAAUUUGCAAAAUUAUGAUUAUCACAAAAUGGCAUUGGACUCCAGUUGGAACUUGAAGACUUUCACGUAGCUGCAUAAUAGCUGUGAACAGUAUGAUAUUUUGAGAGAGUUACCUGCUAAAACAAUAAUAUUUGGUAGAAAGUUGAAUUGGAGAGAAAUACAGUUAUAAACUUGUGUAGUGAACAGUCAGACAGAAGGUGUCCUGAAACUGAAAGCUGAUGGUUGGCCCAGUAUAUCAGGAAAGUUAGUUGAAACUAAAAACAAACAUGAGUCGUCUUUUUCGUGUUUUACGGAAGCCAAAUCAUCUUGACGACUACGCAGAGGAUGACCGCAAGGGACUUUGGUGGUACCUUACUAAUACACGCACACAGAUCACAAUAUUGCAUCGUUUGGGACAAAUUUACGUUGUUACAUUCUGUUUAGCAGUCUGCUGGUCGUCUGUGACGCUCGGUCUGCCUGUAGUGUAUGAAAAUGCUCCAGAUACGUUGUACAGAGCACAGUGUUUAAUGAUGUACAUAUGCUUUUGCAUAGUGUCGAACUAUUUAUUAAUAGUCUUUCAUGCCGAAAAAUCACAUUUUGGGAAAAGAAAUUCAAAACAACUACCAACUAGUGCAUUACCGGUAAGUGGAAAGGCAAUGUCUGAUUGGUCAGGUGAAAAAAGUUUAAACUCCGCAGAUAAUGAAAUGAUAAAUUCUGAUUGGAUGAAAUGUUCUAACUGUGAUAUAGAGGUGCCACCUAGAGCAAGACAUUGUGCAAUAUGUCAGACAUGUGUUUUAAAAAAAGACCAUCACUGUUUUUUCACAGGAUGCUGUAUAGGAUUUUAUAACCAGAGAUACUUCAUAACAUUUUGUAUAUUUGGUAUCAUUGGUGGGACCUGGGGUUUAUAUAACCUUGGAACAUAUCUGUCCGCAAAAUAUGCAACGUUUCUAAGCUUUCAAAUCUAUUGGUACUUCUUACCAGUCUGUUUCAUAUCGUGCCUUUUUGGAUACGUUACCUUUUUCGAUGCUUGUUUGGUGCUACUCUUUUACCUGCAUAUCACUAGUACUGCAACUUCUUACUAUUACUUUGCUUGGCAAAUAUAUAUCAUCUCGCGUGGACAGACAAGUUACGAAUGUGUGAAAAGAAGGAAAAUAUAUGAUGACAAUUUCUGGACCAAUAUGAGAUCUGUGUUUGGACCAUACUGGAUUACAGGAUUUUUAGUGCCGAUGCCGUUUUUGCUCAACGAAGGUGACGGAAAGACAUGGAGACUGCACAGAAAAGUUGUAUGAAGUAGAUAGAAAAUACUGUAGAAAAAUUAGAAUCCCUUUAAAGGCACUGACCUCCAGAUCAAACUACAGUUAAAAAAGAAAAAAAAAUAGAUAUGUAUCACUAUUUCUUAAGAAGGCUUUGAAACUUAGUUACUGACGGGUAGUAUGUUAAUGAAACACAUAGGAAUUUGUUGUUUUUACUAGUUUUUUCAAAUUCAAAAUUGAAAAGCAUUCAUAAUGGGAUUCCAGAGGUGCAUUGUAAACUGCCUAAAUUAUACAGCUUACAUUUAAUGGCUGUCAAGCUCGUACUCCUUUUUGGUGUAUUGGACGAGAACGCAGCAAAAGUUUCAUUGCUAAGGCAGCCCUGGUUCUAUUAUGCGCUGGGGCAUGUUUUUUUCCUUCAUGAUUUGGAAUUUUUCAGAUAAUUCAGAAAAAAAAAAAACUUGUGAACUAAUGCCAUCAUAUGACCAAACUUGAAUUUUAAAGAAAAAAAUUUGGAGGUCACGUGCUUUUAAGUACUGUAAAAUCAGAAAUUUCGAGAAGAGAAUUAUUUUCACUGUAUAAGUUGUUUACUUGUGAAUGUCUUAUUUUGGUAUGGAAAGUCCUAAUUAUUUUACAGGUUGGUUGUACAUGUGUAUAGUGGGGAAAUUCUGCUUUACACACCAACUCCAGUUAUAUGAAAGAUAACAAACUUUUAGCCACUGUGAAAUAUCUGAUUUUACAGUAGUCCUUAGAAUUAUAUGAUUCAAACAUUGUUUUCUGUGGCUGUUUAAUAGAAGCAACUUUAUUUUCAGUAAGGUUUUUUUUUUCACUUUUUGUUUCACUUUCACUGUAAAAAGCUAGAAAAGAGUUUUAAAAAUGUUGGAAUUUUAGCAAAAUUGAAAAAUGGGUGUUUUACAUUAAGCAGUCACUGAAAUAUGAAUAGCAUUACUGUUACUAAAGUAUGAUAUCAAUAUGUUGUUUUUAAGACAAAUGUUAUUGGUUGCCAUAUUUUGUAUUUGUCUUAGAAAGACUAUUUUCUAAGGUACAUAUUGUUACAGAUUUUAUGUUACAUACAUGCAUAGAAUAUCUUUUGGGAGACUUCAGUUAAUUGCAAGUCAUUCUUUCUCGAAAACUACAGAUCUGCAAAAGGUACUUCCCAGAUUUUUGUAAUAUUUGUCUCCAUUGAAUUAACUGGCAGAAAAUUCUAGAUACCUUAAAGAGAUAGUUUACAAAGUCAGUACCAGAACUUAAAAAUAGUAUAAAGAUAUAAGGAAACUUGUCAUAAUUCUCCACACAUGUUAAGAUUACAUACUGUGAAAUCAUUAAUUAAUAUUUGUGGGGGACUAGUUUUCUUGGAUUUCAUGGUUAAGUUAAUCCACGAAAUUUAAUCCCAAGGAACAAGUAAAAUUACCAUUCAUUUUAUGUUCAAAGUUGAAAUCCACAAAUUCAUAUCCCCACGAAAUUGGAAAUUGCCGUUUUGAACAAAACCACAAAAUUUCAUGCCAAUGAAAUUAAAAGAUUUUACAGUAUUUAGCAACAAAGAGUUCUAUCAGUAAACUGUAGAAUUGUGAGAAUAUUUUUGUGUAAUCUGAUUUUAUAUCAGGAAUGACAUCCCCUCCAGUAUGGUGACCAGGGGAGGUAAUCUUUGCUGUAUGAAAAGAAUUGAUAGUAAUUAAAGAAAAAAGAGAAAUUCAGACAUCUCGGGGGUAGUUUUAGUUAAUUUUUGUUGCUCAAGUGAGCACAGAACUCAUGUAGAUAAAUUGUCUCAGUAUGAAACCGUGCAAUAACUCAUUUUAAUGUGCCAAGGAAAACCCAUUCAAAACAAGUAAAUGUAUUAAAUACUUUGCUGAGAAGGUGGACAUACAUAUCACAGGAUUAUCUUUAUAAUGAGUAUAAUUGUUUGAGGAGUUAGUCAGUUUAGUAAAAACGAUAGUUACCAAUGUCAGAACUUGUUAUGCAUCUUGUACAUUAUUACCAGUGGUGGCCUUUUAUUUAUAUUCAUUUCAACACUUUUGAACAUGUAUUUAAAACUGUUUACUUGGUAACCAGUAAAAUAUGUCUUUACAGAAAAUGUUGAAAUACUGUGCUUUUAGGAUGUCUUGAAUGGGCAUACCGUGAAAAUACUUUCUUUUAGAAGUGAAUAAGGUACACAUGUGUAAGCUGAAUUAACAGUCAAUACAAAAUACACUGACAAGACCCAUAUAUUUAGGUUUUAUAACCAUAUAAUUUGAAACUGAUGUCCAUGUCAGAAUAUCCUAAAAUCACAGUACUUAGAUAUAUAUGUCUCUAGAAUAUGAGUUAUAAGAGUUAAUUUAGUUAUACAUCAUGUUAAAUAGAACACCUAUGAAAUCAUCAGUAUUCUUUAAGGCAUUUCAUGGGUGUGUCAAGCUUUGAAAUUACAUCUGGAUGAGUUAGCAAAUUUUAUAAAUUUUGCCAAAUUUUAUUGAGUUUUAAAAUAUGAAAAUCUGCGAGUUUGUAAAGCGAAAUAAUUUCAAAGCGUUCACAAAACGGAUAAGGAAUGAUAUCAAAAAGUUAAAUAAUUGUAAUUUACCUGUGGUAAUGAAACAGGUGACUCGGUAUUAUCUUUCAAUACUGGUAUAUGACAGGGGAGGUGUGGCUAUGAAUUUUCAGGGCACUAGACAACUUUUGGGGACAGGUACCCAUACCCUCAGGAAGGGGAAUUUUUCGACGUUUUAAGACAAAAAGAGGAAGAUUUUAGCCAUAUAUAUGUUACUACUUUUCACACUUAUCAAUACUGUUUUCAAUCAUUUCUAACUAAUGUAACUAUAUUGCAGCAGUAACCUUCCUUAGAGUAACUAAAUAUAACUUGAAAGAGGGUUCAUAUUUAGUUGUGUCAAACAACCUGUUAUCAGGGGAAUUUUCUUCUGUGAAAGGGGAAAAAAACAUAUUAUUUUAUGAGGGGAAUGGGGCCCAUAUUCGGCCCCAAAAACGGCCAAACGAGUGCCCUGAUUUUUUCCAAAAAACAUCCUUAUAUUCCAGAAGUCGAAGGGUAUAGGUCAUCAUACCUAAAUAUUUUAUAAUACAUCAUAACAUGCCUGAACUUUUUUUUUUUGUUAUCAUGGAAAGUACAUGUAUAUGUUAACAAAAACAAAGUUUGAUUAUAACAAAUUUGUAGAUGGUAUAACUGCUUAUAAUUACAUGUAAAAGUGAUAAAGAUACAAAUGUUUCACUUAAAAGUAUAUGUGGCUAAAUUUGCUAAAAAGUCAACCCUCUUAAGUCCCUCACGAACACACCAGUUUGGCUACCGCAUGCUUCCAGCCAACCCCUAAUUUUUUUCUGGGGAGAACCCUGGUAUAAGUGAUGAAAUCCUGUAAUAUAUAAUGAAAUCAUGUCUUAUAUUCUUAUUAAACAUGUUUAAUGUCAAUGAGUCCAAAUUUGUAAGUACUGAAGAAUAACUGUUCUCCUUACUUUAUCUUUGUUUUACUGUUUGAUACAUUUCUGUAGACUUAAUAAGUGUUUCAAGGUUUUCACCAGAGGAUAAACAAUUUGUUUUGUGAAUUGGUGUGGUUGUAUGAAAUGCCUUUGGUAAUACACUUGAGAGCUGAGCCAGAUUUUCCACUCAGCAUCCACUGUAAGGUUAAAUGCAUUUUCAGUAUCAGUAGCUAAGACUUUUUUCACUGCUACAUGUAACAACAGUUGUUGCCCUAGGUUUAGUUUUUUAUGCCCCCGAAGGGAGACAUAUUAGUUUUCAGCUGUCCGUCUGUUAGUUUGUUUGUUUGUCACAACGUUAACGUUUUGCAUGAAGGCACUUUACUCACGAACCACUGCACUCAGGACCGUCAAACUUCACAUGCUGAAAGUACUUAUUGAGUACAUGAUUCCAAUUGACUUUGGGGUCACCAGGCCAAAGGUCAAGGCACUGCGGGUGCAUUUGUCACCAUUAGUGACAGCUCUUAUUAGUGAAAUUCUUCUGAAUUACGUCAUUUAUUAAGAGACCAAAUGCUUCUUUUGUCUCUAUUCCAUUCUUUGUAAGUUCAGCAAUGUGUCCUCAUUUAACUGAUUUUCCUUUGCGGAUUCAAUAAAUUCCAUUUCACUGCUGCAAAAUAUUCUAGCAAACUGACCGAGAUAUAAAAGCGUGCUCGCUGCCCAGGCUGCAAGGCUCCCACAGAUUGCCAUUUAAAAUGGUUUAAGAAGUAAAAUUACACUUAUAUUAUACAAUGAAUCUUGUUUAUGCAAAACUGAGGUUACAAAAAAUGUGUAAAUAUCAUCAUGUAAACAAAACAUGUGUUAGGCAAAAAGGCUUUUAAGCAUCAACAAAGAAUGAACAGGUAUUAUGAGCUGCAUCAUGAGAAAACUAACAUAUUGCAUUUGUGACCAGCAUGGAUACAGACCAGCCUGUUCAUCCGUGCAGUCUGGUCAGGAACCAUGAUGUUUGCUUUCAAAGCCUGUUGCAAUUGGGAGACCGUUAGCAACCGACAUGGAUCCUGACCAGACUGUGUGGAUGAACAGGCUGGUCGCAAACGCACUAUGUUGGUUUUCUCAUGGCAUGGCUCAUAUCUUGAUUUUUAAAUAUUGAGGUGUUCUUACAUUGAAGAAUAAUAAAACAUUAUCAUGAUAAAUUCUGUUAAUCAUAUAGUAUUAUAGACAGAAAUAAAUAUACAUGUGCAAAUCAAAUUCAAGAAAUACUAAUUGUGUAGUAAAUGGUGAUCAUCAGAUCAGCAUGAUCAGCAGACUAUCCAUUAUGAUUAUGAUACUAUAUUUUAGAACGUUUGAUUUGAUGAUUUUGUCUUCUGCUAAGUUUGGUAAUGCCAUUAUGAAUCAUGGACUGUUAAGUUAAAUAGAGAACAUUGUAAUUAACACUUUGUUGAAACUAGUUGUAUUGUCAAAUUGUCCUCAGUUUUCAAAAAGUUUCCAGUAUACUUGAGAACAUUUCUCUUUAGUUUCAGAUCAUUAACCUCUUUGACUUAUAAUACUACUUUAUGAGCCACGCCAUGAGAAAACCAACAUAAUGGCUUUGCGACCAGCAUGGAUACAGACUAGCCUGUGCAUCCCCGCAGUCUGGUCACUUAGGAUCCAUGCUGGUCACAAAGUCACUGUGUUGGUUUUCUCAAGGUAUGGCUCAUAUUUGUAUUUUUACUUUUUUUAAUGCUCUCGAUUUAAAAUAAUGUUUUUAGUCAUAUAUCCUGCAGUGCAUCAAUAUUACUGAGCUUUAAUUACAAAAAUAUCGCACGAAAGAUGUAAAGGAAAGGUUUAUGUUUCUGGUCCUCUUAGCCUCCUCAUUGUUAAUUUUUGCUUCGAAGGAAAAGACUUUGAUCAUUUCCAAAUUUUCCCGCCAGAUUUUGUCACCACACCAAAGGUGAAUAUUAUGUGGAGCCCUGGAGUUUUCCUUAAACAAACAUUGUGGCUAGUUUCUGUAGCUGUUACAUUUUGCUGGUCAGUCUUUGAUAAUGGCCACUCUCACUUACAAAGGUUUCAUACCCAUGGUUAGCUAACUUGGUAAGAUAAAUCUGUUCAGUAAACAAAGUUGUAGCCAGUGUAGGCAUUGUUCGUCUAAUCCUAAUCUCAUUACAAACAGUUGAGAAAACUUUUCACUAUGUCAUUUCCGGCUUGUGCCGAAAGCUUUGAUGAUAACAUUCAUCAUCAUGUCUUACAUAACUAGGGAUUACUUUUUACUUGACCACUUUACCUUUAAAAUCUGAAGGGUAAAUUGUGUGGUUAAUUAAAUCAUGAAUGUUUGUUCCAGGUAGCUGAACAACUGAAAUGUCCCUUAUUGAUGUAUUGUUACAUAUUGUUCAAUAUGAAAUAUUAAUAAUUGCUUUGCUGUUUAAUUUGGCACAUGUGGCAUCCAGUUGUUGUUCUUAAUCAGUUGUUUUGUUGUUGUUGUUUUCUGUUUGCAAGUUACAUCCAUAUUGUGUUGGAUCUCAUUAAUUGAAUUCCAUCUGAUUUUUCCUGUAUUUCCUUAAGAUGUUUGUAUUUUACCAUUCCCACAUAGCUACUGAAACCAUGAAAGAAUUCGCUUGUAAAUAAAUGGGCAUUUCUUAGCUUGACUAAUGGAAGAAUAGUCCUGGGCAGAUAUUGUGCUCACCCUGGCAUUGGCGUUACACAUUGGUGAAAGUUUUGCGUGCAAGUACAUAUAUAUUGCUAUGAUUUUAACACACACAACUUUGAAACUUAUUUUUAGCUCACCUGAGCAUGAAGUGAGUGAUACAGGGCCUUCUGCCCUCUUGUUAUAUUGUACGCCAGGAUAUUCUAAUCUUUUGCGCCCAGCUGGCCUUUCAAGAAGCCUGGUAUGUUUGUUAAUAAUAUUAACACCUUUUCUACAUUUAUUACAUAAUUUUAUUCCAGUUAUAUUUUUUGCGCCAAAAUGUUGAUCAGCAUUAAUAGCAGUUUAUAAUUUUGUAACAAGCUUGGUAUGAUAUCACACUGAAAAAGAAAAAAAACAGCUGAUGUAUUGUAGCAUUCCCAUAAAAUAUUUCUUGUAAACAUAUCCUAUUAAUGAUGUGACUUUUGUUGAAAACUUGUUUGCAAUUAUUCUCCAAUAUAUCUUCUUAUCUCGCCUUU